CCAAUUGCAAAUUUCUAUAGUCCUUGAGCUUCACACCUACGUCGGUUUGGCUUCUCCUUUUCUCUGCACACACGAAAUGAUUUGACCGAAUCCUUAUCCACCGGUGCACACAUCAUUUGAGCAAUUUCAGAUUGCAAUGGAUGACUAUGAUAUAGGUCUUCCAUCAUCACAACAUAUUUAUGGAACUGAAUUUGAAUAUGAUGAUGAAGCUGAGUUUGAAGAUGGUGAUGAUGCUGAGUUUGAAGAUGGUGGAAAGGAUUGGGGUGCAGAUGAUAUAUUCGAUGGUGAUGUUUUGGAUGAGGACAAAAUGAAUGAAAUUAUAAAUGAAGACACUGAUGGGGAAUUCAGCAGCUAUACCGAGCAAGGAAGAAAGCAAAGAAGACUAUUUUUGGGGAUCAUGCUCGGCAAUUUGAAGUUAGUCGUGCAUAUUGUAAAAUUAUUCUAAAUACUAAUUCGGGAAGCUUUGUUAAGCUACAUACUGAACCACAACCUCCGAUAAUAAUUGAUGGGUUUGUGAAAGAAUUGCUCCCUAGACACACUUCGUGGUGAUUGGGAA